AUUUUUUAUUUAAUUUAAUUAUUAAUUAAUUGAUAUAAUGUCUACACUAAACUAUUUUUUAUUGUUAACUGUCCUAAUAAAAUAUUGUUCAGCCAAAUAUGGACAGGGUAGCGGCCACGCUCCAACUAUCUAUGCUAUGGGUUUGGACGAUGAUGAUGAAUUUGGGGAUCACAUGAAACGGCCAGGUCAUCAUCAUGGAUCCCAUCAUCAUCAUUAUCAGCCUAGACAUCAUGGCGGUGGUCAUUAUGGCGGUGGACAUCAUGGCGGGGGACAUUAUGGCGGUGGACAUCAUGGUGGUGGACAGCAUGGCGGUGGAGUUUUUGGAGGUGAACUUUUUGGCGGUGAAUUUAUUGCCGGUGGAGUUUUUGGCGGUGGAAAAUUUGGCGGUGGACAAUUUGGCGGUGGUCAUCACGGUGGUGGACAUUUUGGAGGUGGACAUCAUGGCGGUAGACAUCAUGGCGGUGGACAUCAUGGCGGUAGACAUCAUGGUCCUUCUUACUAUAGCUAUGGACAGGGUGCAGGCCAGGGAAGUGGAUCUGCUUUGGGUACAUCUAAUUACGCUUAUGGACAAGGAGCAGGCCAGGGAAGUGGAUCUGCUUUGGGUACAUCUAAUUACGCUUAUGGACAAGGAGCAGGCCAGGGAAGUGGAUCUGCUUUGGGUACCUCUAAUUAUGCUUAUGGACAGGGAGCAGGCCAGGGAAGUGGAUCUGCUUUGGGUACCUCUAAUUAUGCUUAUGGACAGGGAGCAGGCCAAGGAAGUGGAUCUGCUUUGGGUACCUCUAAUUAUGCUUAUGGACUUGGUGCAGGCCAGGGAAGUGGAUCUGCUUUGGGCACCUCUAAUUAUGCUUAUGGACUUGGUGCAGGCCAGGGUAGUGGAUCGGCAGUGGGUACCUCUAAUUAUGCUUAUGGACAGGGUGCAGGCCAGGGAAGUGGAUCGGCAUUGGGUACCGCUAAUUAUGGUGGUGACGAUAUCGAGCUGUAUAGUGCAAUUAAACACGUUGGCAACGAGUUAGGCCGUUAGGUUACCUAACCUAACAAACUACAACAAUAUAAUCAUAAUUUUUUUUAAUGUUUUAACUGAUUGAUUGUUUAGUCUUUUUUUUGUAACCUAUUUGUUAAAUUGAUUUUUUUUAAAAACUGUAAUAAUUUUUUUUAUAUAUAUAUAAAUGUAAUAAAUACAUUUUUUUAUUAAAAAUUAAUAAAUCUGUUAAUC